AGAUAAGCAAUUGUAGUCAAGUCAUCAUGAAUGAAAUGCAGUUGUACUUGUGGUGGUGGAUGAUGGAUGAUCAGUGCUAAUAAAGUCUUCUCCUUUUCUUCCUUUAGAUAAUUCUUCAUUCUCCCACUCUAUCCCUUUCAUGUCCAAUUCGGUUCAGGUAAAUGGGAACAAAUUUCAGCAUUCCCAAAACUGAUAAGUUUUCUCAAGAUGGUGAAAACGACCAUCUUAGAUAUGGCUUAUCAUCUAUGCAAGGCUGGCGUGUAUCAAUGGAAGAUGCUCAUGCUGCACAUCUUGAUCUGGAUGCAUCCACUUCGUUUUUUGGUGUUUAUGAUGGUCAUGGAGGUAAAGUGGUUGCAAAGUUUUGUGCUAAGUAUCUACACCAACAGGUGCUUACGAAUGAAGCAUACAUAGCUGGAGAUGUUGUAACCUCUCUUCAGAAAGCAUUUUUUAGAAUGGAUGACAUGAUGCGUGGUCAAAGAGGAUGGAGGGAAUUAGCAGUCUUGGGUGACAAGUUAAACAAGUUUAGUGGGAUGGUUGAAGGAUUUAUUUGGUCACCACGAAGAAAUAAUGGUAAGGACAAAUGUGAUGAUGGUUGGACCUUUGAGGAGCAGGGGCCUCAUUCUGAUUUCGCCGGACCAACUUCAGGAAGCACUGCAUGUGUUGCAGUUAUUAGAAACGACCAACUUUUUGUUGCAAAUGCUGGUGAUUCACGCUGUGUAAUAUCUAGGAACGGUGAGGCAUAUAAUUUGUCUAGAGACCACAAACCUGAUCUUGAUAUUGAAAAGGAAAGAAUCUUGAAAGCUGGUGGUUUUAUUCAUGCAGGACGAGUUAAUGGGAGUUUAAAUCUUGCCAGAGCUAUAGGUGACAUGGAGUUUAAGCAGAAUAAAUUUCUUUCUGCUGAAAAACAAAUUGUGACUGCCAAUCCAGAUAUAAACAUUGUUGACCGUCACGAUGAAGAUGAAUUUUUAGUACUAGCUUGUGAUGGUAUAUGGGAUUGCCUUUCAAGCCAACAAUUGGUAGAUUUUGUACGUCAACAACUGGUCUUGGAAACAAAACUUUCUGUGAUUUGUGAGAGAGUACUAGAUCGGUGUUUGGCACCAUCAAUUGCUGUCGGUGUGGGAUUUGAUAACAUGACCAUGAUCUUAGUGCAGUUCAAAAGACCAUCGCAGUCCACUGCCCUGGCUCAAGAGCAAUCCUCUUCAAAUGAACAAUAUGCAUGUGAAAGUUAGCAAGUUUUGUGUAGUAAGACUACAAUGUGUAUGAAGUGGAUCAAUGCUUAGAAUGUGCAUAGAUAGUCAUUUCUCUUUCAACUAGCAUUCUGUAAAACCGUUAACACCUUAGAGUCUGUUGGACUGGUUCAAUAAGCGGCUUCAAAUGAGCAACAUACUCUUUUAAACAAAAUCUAGUACACACUCUCUAUGAUUGGUAUAUUUUUACAAUACAAAAGUCAACAGACUUGCCUCA